AUGGCGCCAGAGAGGGUGUGGAGCUGGGCCCUCUCUGCCUUCAAGCUGUGUGGCUUGCCGUUAGAAGCUAUUAAGUGCCUCACAGAAGCUCUGCAGUCUAUCAAUGAAUUAGAGCUUGAAGAUACUCUGGAGAAGAUCAUUUAUGCAGUUGAAAAGCAGCCCUUGUCAUCAAACAUGAUCGAACGACCUGUGGUGGAGGCUGUGGUCCAGGAGUGCAGUCAGUCAGCUGAGGAUACGCUAGAUGAUAUUUUCAAUAUCAUAGGAACUUUUGAUAUUCCAUGCUUUGUGUACAAUUCAGAAAGAAAAAAAAUUCUCCAUCUAUUAAUGACCAACCACCCUGCACCAAAUUUAUUUGGAAGAGCAAGAGAUAAAGCAGAGCUGUAUCGUGAACGAUACACCAUUUUGCAUCAGAGGACCCACAGACACAAAUUAUUUACUCCUCCAGUGAUCGGUUCUCACCCUGAUGAAAUGGGAAACAAAUUCCAGCUUAAAACAAUAGAAGCUUUACUGGGUAGUACAACCAAGAUCGGAGAUGUGAUUGUUCUUGGAAUGAUAACCCAGUUAAGAGGAGAAUUUUUUUUGGAAGAUCCUAUUGGAACAGUCCAACUGGAUCUUAGUAAAGCUCAGUUCCAUAGUGGUCCAUACACAGAGGUGUGCUUUUUCUUGGCAGAAGGUUGGUUUGAAGAUCGAGUGUUUCACGUCAGUGCUUUUGGGUUUCCACCCACUGAGCCCGUGAGUACUACCAGGGCAUACUAUGGAAAUAUUAAUUUUUUUGGAGGGCCUUCUAAUACAUCUGUAAAGACUUCUGCAAAAUUAAAACAACUUGAAGAUGAAAAUAAAGAUGCCAUGUUUGUGUUUGUAUCUGAUGUCUGGUUGGACCAAGUAGAAGUGUUGGAAAAACUUCACACAAUGUUUUCUGGUUAUUCACCAGCACCUCCAACCUGCUUUAUUCUGUGUGGCAAUUUUUCAUCAGCACCAUAUGGGAAAAAUCAAGAUCAGGCUUUGAAAGAUUCCCUAAAAACUUUGGCAGACAUAAUAUGAGAAUAUCCAAAUAUUCAACAAAGUAGUCAUUUUGUAUUUGUACCUGGUCCAGAGGAGUCUGGAUUUGGUUCCAUCUUACCAAGGCCACCACUUGCUGAAAGCAUCACUAAUGAAUUCAGACAAAGGGUAUCCUUUUCUGUCUUUACUACUAACCCUUACAGAAUUCAUUAUUGUAUGCAAGAAAUUAUUGUCUUUCAUGAAGACUUAGUGAAUAAAAUGUGCAGAAACUGUGUCCAUUUUCCUAGUAGCAAUUUGGAUAUUCCUAAUCAUUUUGCAAAGACUAUCUUCUCCCAGGGUCACCUGACCCCGCUGCCUCGUUAUGUCUGCUCCGUAUACUGGCCAUAUGACUAUGCCUUAGUGUAUCCUGUGCCCGAUCUGCUUGUGACUGCAGACAAAUGUAAUCCUUUCACUGUGACCAAUACUGAAUGCCUCUGCAUAAAUCUGGGCUCUUUUCCAAGAAGUAGAUUUUCAUUCAAAGUUGCUUACCUUUCCAGCUUUUGA